CCGCGUGCAGUGCACUGUACUAGCCAUUUGGGAAGUACAGAAGAAUCAAGUGAAAUUUUCCCAGCCCACAGGGCGCUUACGGCCUAGCAGGGGAGACAAACACGAAAGUAUUUACAACUAGAGCGGUCAAGAUGAAUAACCGAGUCUCCAUGACGAAUAACCGAGUCGCCAGCACGAGCACUGUGGUUUGGGAUCGGGGGAGGGAGAAAGAGGAGGAGAGAGAAUGAACUUGAGCCGCACGACGGAGGCGGGCCCGAACAAGACAAAACCGGGCAGCCGGCCAAGCAUGGAGUCCCUCCAGGAGGAGCCGGAGAACCUCGCCUGGAGAACCUACAUGGAGAGGAGAAGCAGCCUCAGGGAGUUCCUCAACUCCAGCCUGAGCCCCCACCUCCUGAAGCGCCACCACGCCCGCUUGGAGCUCUUGAAGAAGUGCUCCUACUACAUCGAGAUCCUGCCCAAGCACCUGGCGCCGGGCGACCAGAACCCCCUGACGCUGCCCAACACCAUGUUCCAGCUCAUCGACCCCCGGAAGUUCCAGCGCAUGAAGAAGGUGGGGACGGCCCAGACCCAGAUCCAGCUGCUGCUGCUGAGCGACCUGCUGGAGCAGCUGGAGCUGGGCCGGGCCAAGCUGGCGAGGCUCCUGGAGUCCCACGACACCCUGCCCUUCCUGGCCCGCUGGGAGGCCGUGGAGCAGCGGGUGGCCGACCUGACCGCCACGAUGGACAGCUUCCUGACCAUGAUGGUGCCCGGCCGCCUGCACGUCAAACACCGUCUGGUGGCGGACGUCGGGGCCGCCAAGAUCCCCCACAUCCGGCUGAUGCUGAGCACCAAGAUGCCCGUCGUGUUCGACCGCCAGGCGUCGGUGGCCCACGACAGCUGGGCCAGCCUCCGGUGGUUCGCCACCGUCCAGCCGGCCGGGCUCGAGCGGUUCGAGCUGCGCUUCAGGCUGCUGGAGCCGCGGAGCCCGCAGGAGCGCUCUCAGGGGGGUGCCAUCCCCGUGGCCGCCUGCUCCUUGGAGGUGCGGGACCUGCUGCCCGACCGGGCCUACAAGUUCACCGUGAAGAGGGCCGAGAGCUACACCCUGGUGUACGAGCCCUGGAGGGACAGCCUGACCCUGAGGACCCGGCCGGGCCUGGACCGGGAACCCCGGGCUCCGGAGGGCCGCCCGAGCCCAGCGGAGGCCUGAGCUCGGACCCUGGGCCGAGAGAGUUUUCAAAGAGGUAAAAUUAAAAAAAAAAAAACAACCCAAAA